AUGUCUAUGAGAAAUUGCCUGUACUAUGGUGGAACAAUUCAGGGCUCUCAACACCUGUGUCUCCCACCUCUGGGCUGUACUGCUGGUCUAUGUCCCAUGCUGGGGGUGUCUAACAUCCAUCGCUUUGGGAAGCAUGUUCCACCUGUGGUCUCCAUUAUAAUGGGAUAUGUUUACCUCCUGGUACCUCCUGUCCUCAACCCUGUUGUAUACUGCAUUAAGACCCGGGAGAUAAGAACUCGCAUUUGGGACUCUCUUAUUCUAGAGAAAAAGAAAAAACCCUUUCCAACUGAACUGUCUAAAUUUGACAACAUGACCUUUCUCAAUAUUAGUACCUAUGGACCCUUCCUUCUGACUGGCUUCCCUGGCCUGGAGGACUCAUAUCCAGUGUUCUCCAUAUUGUUCUGUUUUCUCUAUGCCAUUGCUCUGAUGGGAAACAGCCUCAUCUUAGUGGUUAUUUGGGUGGAGCCAGCCCUUCACACACCCAUGUACCUUUUUCUCUCCAUGCUGGCCACCAGUGACCUGGGACUCUGUGCUACCACCUUGCCAUCUCUGCUAAAACUUUUUUGGUUCAAUGAUCGUGAAGUACACUUUGAUGCCUGCCUCACUCAGAUGUUUUUUAUUCAUCUUUUCUCCCUAAUGGAAUCAGGCAUCCUGUUCGCCAUGGCUUUUGACCGCUAUGUGGCCAUCUCUAACCCACUAAGGUACACUACUAUUUUGACUAAUGUGAACAUUGCUAAGAUAGCUCUGGGUCUUUCACUGCGGGCUGUGUCUGUCACCUGUCCAGGACCACUUCUCAUCAGGCGGUUGAGAUUUUGUGAGGCCAAUGUGCUGUCCCACUCCUACUGUCUACACCCAGACAUCAUCAAGCUCUCCUGCUCUGACCACCACCUUAGUAGUAUUUAUGGCCUCAUCAUUGUUAUCAUCACCUUUGGAAUGGACUCUGCAUUCAUUCUUCUCUCUUAUGUGAAGAUACUGAUCACUUGUUAA